GUGUUCAGGGCACAGUGUAUACUAGGUGGGGUCGACCUGAUUGUCCAGCCGGUAACCACACCGAACUUGUGUACUCAGGUUACGUGGGAGGCUCAUUCUAUACAUCUCCGGGUGCAGCAGCCAAUGCUGUUUGUCUGCCUAACAACCCGACAUUUGGUGAUCACCAGUUGUCAGAUUCAGGUGUUUCGACAGCGUUUAUCUACGGCGCUGAGUUCGAGGAGUAUGCGAUGUUUGGCCUACCCCAUCAAGACGAAGACGUUGCCUGCGCUGUCUGUAGACAUUCUGAUCAUUCUACAGUGACGAUGAUACCCGCUAGGACUUCCUGUUACCCAGGCUGGACUGAGGCUUAUGGUGGUCUACUAGUAGCCGGAUACCCAACACAGCAUGCAGCAACCGAAUACAUCUGUAUGGAUGGACAGCCGACAAGUAUUUUAGGGGGGAAUAAAAACGACAAUGGGAAGCUGUUCUAUGCGGUGUCUACAAAAUGUGGAUCUCUGCAAUGUCCUCCGUAUGAUAAUGAUCAGAUUGUGUCCUGCGUUGUCUGCAUGAAGUAAUAAAACCAGAAAAAGUGUGAACUAAUCACUUUAUGUUUUUGUAUUAUCUGUAUUUGAAACAAUAUUUCUACCACUCUUCUA